GGGUUAGGGUUAGGGUUAGGGUUGGAGUUAGGGUUAGUGUUGGAGCUAGGGUUAGGGUUGGGCUUGGAGCUAGGAUUUUUCUGAGUGCAAUGAACCAACUCCCGAGUCUCUAGGACGUUCCUAAAAAAAAUUGAUUUUUUCCCAUAGGAAUGCAUGGGUUAGGGUUAGGGUUAGGGUUGGAGCUAGGGUUAGGGUUAGGGUUAGGGUUGGAGUUAGGGUUAGUGUUGGAGCUAGGGUUAGGGUUGAGCUUGGAGCUAGGAUUUUUCUGAGUGCAAUGAACCAACUCCCGAGUCUCUAGGACGUUCCUAAAAAAAUUGAUUUUUUCCCAUAGGAAUGCAUGGUUUAGGGUUAGGGUUAGGGUUGGAGCUAGGGUUAGGGUUAGGGUUAGGGUUGGAGUUAGGGUUAGUGUUGGAGCUAGGGUUAGGGUUGGGCUUGGAGCUAGGAUUUUUCUGAGUGCAAUGAACCAACUCCCGAGUCUCUAGGACGUUCCUAAAAAAAUUAGAUUUUUUCCCAUAGGAAUGCAUGGGUUAGGGUUAGGGUUAGGGUUGGAGCUAGGGUUAGGGUUAGGGUUAGGGUUGGAGUUAGGGUUAGUGUUGGAGCUAGGGUUAGGGUUGAGCUUGGAGCUAGGAUUUUUCUGAGUGCAAUGAACCAACUCCCGAGUCUCUAGGACGUUCCUAAAAAAAAUUGAUUUUUUCCCAUAGGAAUGCAUGGGUUAGGGUUAGGGUUAGGGUUGGAGCUAGGGUUAGGGUUAGGGUUAGGGUUGGAGUUAGGGUUAGUGUUGGAGCUAGGGUUAGGGUUGGGCUUGGAGCUAGGAUUUUUCUGAGUGCAAUGAACCAACUCCCGAGUCUCUAGGACGUUCCUAAAAAAAUUAGAUUUUUUCCCAUAGGAAUGCAUGGGUUAGGGUUAGGGUUAGGGUUGGAGCUAGGGUUAGGGUUAGGGUUCGGGUUGGAGUUAGGGUUAGUGUUGGAGCUAGGGUUAGGGUUGGGCUUGGAGCUAGGAUUUUUCUGAGUGCAAUGAACCAACUCCCGAGUCUCUAGGACGUUCCUAAAAAAAUUUGAUUUUUUCCCAUAGGAAUGCAUGGGUUAGGGUUAGGGUUAGGGUUGGAGCUAGGGUUAGGGUUAAGGUUAGGGUUGGAGUUAGGGUUAGUGUUGGAGCUAGGGUUAGGGUUGGGCUUGGAGCUAGGAUUUCUCUGAGUGCAAUGAACCAACUCCCGAGUCUCUAGGACGUUCCUAAAAAAAAUUGAUUUUUUCCCAUAGGAAUGCAUGGGUUAGGGUUAGGGUUGGAGCUGGGGUUAGGGUUAGGGUUAGGGUUGGAGUUAGGGUUAGUGUUGGAGCUAGGGUUAGGGUUGGGCUUGGAGCUAGGAUUUUUAUGAGUGCAAUGAACCAACUCCCGAGUCUCUAGGACGUUCCUAAAAAAAAUUGAUUUUUUCCCAUAGGAAUGCAUGGGUUAGGGUUAGGGUUAGGGUUGGAGCUAGGGUUAGGGUUAGGGUUAGGGUUGGAGUUAGGGUUAGUGUUGGAGCUAGGGUUAGGGUUGGGCUUGGAGCUAGGAUCUUUCUGAGUGCAAUGAACCAACUCCCGAGUCUCUAGGACGUUCCUAAAAAAAUUUGAUUUUUUCCCAUAGGAAUGCAUGGGUUAGGGUUAGGGUUAGGGUUGGAGCUAGGGUUAGGGUUAGGGUUAGGGUUGGACCUAGGGUUAGGGUUAGGGUUGGAGCUAGGGUUAGGGUUAGGGUUAGGGUUGGAGCUAGGGUUAGGGUUAGGGUUGGAGCUAGGGUAAGGGUUAGGGUUAGGGUUCGGGUUGGAGCUAGGGUUAGGGUUAGGGUUAGGGUUGGAGCUAGGGUUAGGGUUAGGGUUGGAGCUAGGGUUAGGGUUAGGGUUAGGGUUGGAGCUAGGGUUAGGGUUAGGGUUAGGGUUGGAGCUAGGGUUAGAGUUAGGGUUAGGGUUGGAGUUAGGUAUGUGCAUUUUUGAGGUGACCCACCCCCUUGGUAACUUUUGAACGGAAGGUUGUAGAGCGCUGAAACUUGCAUGUUGGGGAGUGGAAGAUUUUUCUGAGUCCAAUGAACCAACUCCCGAGUCUCUAGGAUGUACCUAAAAAAAGUUGAUUUUUUCCCAUUGGAAUGCAUGUUGAAAAAAUUUUGAAAAUAUGCCAACCCAAUUUUUCACCUUCCAGAAUUGUGUUAGGAGCACGUUUCAGGCCACGGGGAAUCUAUAGAACCUAAUUCUGGGGGAAGUUUUUUGAAAAGUUUACUUAGGGCUAGGGUUAGGGUUAGGGUUGGAGCUAGAGUUAGGGUUAGGGUUAGGGUUGGAGCUAGGGUUAGGGUUAGGGUUAGGUUUAGGGUUGGAGCUAGGGUUAGGGUUAGGGUUAGGGUUGGAGCCAGGGUUAGGGUUAGGGUUAGGGUUAGGGUUAGAGCUAGGGUUAGGGUUAGGGUUAGGGUUUGAGCUAGGGUUAGGGUUAGGGUUAGGGUUAGGGUUGGAGCUAGGGUUAGGGUUAGAGUUAGGGUUAGGGUUGGAGCUAGGGUUAGGGUUAGGGUUAGGGUUAGGGUUGGAGCUAGGGUUAGGGUUAGGGUUGGACCUAGGGUUAGGGUUAGGGUUAGGGUUGGAGCCAGGGUUAGGGUUAGGGUUAGGGUUGGACCUAGGGUUAGGGUUAGGGUUAGGGUUGGAGCUAGGGUUAGGGUUGGAGUUAGGGUUGGAGCUAGGGUUAGGGUUAGGGUUAGGGUUGGAGCUAGGGUUAGGGUUAGGGUUAGGGUUAGAUUUGGAGCUAGGGUUAGGGUUAGGGUUAGGGUUGGAGCUAGGGUUAGGGUUAGGGUUAGGGUUGGAGCUAGGGUUAGGGUUAGGGUUAGGGUUAGUGUUGGAGCUAGGGUUAGGGUUAGGGUUAGGGUUGGAGCUAGGGUUAGGGUUAGGCUUAGGGUUAGGGUUGGAGCUAGGGUUAGGGUUAGGGUUAGGGUUGGAGCUAGGGUUAGGGUUAGGGUUAGGGUUGGAGCUAGGGUUAGAGUUAGGAUUAGGGUUGGAGUUAGGUAUGUGCAUUUUUGAGGUGACCCACCCCCUUGGUAACUUUUGAACGGAAGGUUGUAGAGCGCUGAAACUUGCAUGUUGGGGAGUGGAAGAUUUUUCUGAGUCCAAUGAACCAACUCCCGAGUCUCUAGGACGUACCUAAAAAAAAGUUGAUUUUUUCCCAUUGGAAUGCAUGUUGAAAAAAUUUUGAAAAUGUGCCAACCCAAUUUUUCACCUUCCAGAAUUGUGUUAGGAGCACGUUUCAGGCCACGGGGAGUCUAUAGAACCUAAUUCUGGGGGAAGUUUUUUGAAAAGUUUACUUAGGGCUAGGGUUAGGGUUAGGGUUGGAGCUAGAGUUAGGGUUAGGGUUAGGGUUGGAGCUAGGAUUAGGGUUAGGGUUAGGUUUAGGGUUGGAGCUAGGGUUAGGGUUAGGGUUAGGGUUGGAGCUAGGGUUAGGGUUAGGGUUAGGGUUAGGGUUGGAGCUAGGGUUAGGGUUAGGGUUAGGGUUAGGGUUAGGGUUGGAGCUAGGGUUAGGGUUAGGGUUAGGGUUAGGGUUGGAGCUAGGGUUAGGGUUAGGGUUGGAGUUAGGGUUAGGGUUAGGGUUGGAGCUAGGGUUAGGGUUAGGGUUAGGGUUGGAGCUAGGGUUAGGGUUAGGGUUAGGGUUGGAGCUAGGGUUAGGGUUAGGGUUGGAGCAAGGGUUAGGGUUAGGGUUAGGGUUGGAGCUAGGGUUAGGGUUAGGGUUAGGGUUGGAGCUAGGGUUAGGGUUAGGGUUGGAGCUAGGGUAGGGUUGGAGCUAGGGUUAGGGUUAGGGUUAGGGUUGGAGCUAGGGUUAGGGUUAGGGUUAGGGUUGGAGCUAGGGUUAGAGUUAGGGUUAGGGUUGGAGCUAGGGUUAGGGUUAGGGUUAGGGUUAGAUUUGGAGCUAGGGUUAGGGUUAGGGUUAGGGUUGGAGCUAGGGUUAGGGUUAGGGUUAGGGUUGGAGCUAGGGUUAGGGUUAGGGUUAGGGUUAGUGUUGGAGCUAGGGUUAGGGUUAGGGUUAGGGUUGGAGCUAGGGUUAGGGUUAGGCUUAGGGUUAGGGUUGGAGCUAGGGUUAGGGUUAGGGUUAGGGUUGGAGCUAGGGUUAGGGUUAGGGUUAGGGUUGGAGCUAGGGUUAGAGUUAGGAUUAGGGUUGGAGUUAGGUAUGUGCAUUUUUGAGGUGACCCACCCCCUUGGUAACUUUUGAACGGAAGGUUGUAGAGCGCUGAAACUUGCAUGUUGGGGAGUGGAAGAUUUUUCUGAGUCCAAUGAACCAACUCCCGAGUCUCUAGGACGUACCUAAAAAAAAGUUGAUUUUUUCCCAUUGGAAUGCAUGUUGAAAAAAUUUUGAAAAUAUGCCAACCCAAUUUUUCACCUUCCAGAAUUGUGUUAGGAGCACGUUUCAGGCCACGGGGAAUCUAUAGAACCUAAUUCUGGGGGAAGUUUUUUGAAACGUUUACUUAGGGCUAGGGUUAGGGUUAGGGUUGGAGCUAGGGUUAGGGUUAGGGUUAGGGUUGGAGCUAGGGUUAGGGUUAGGGUUAGGUUUAGGGUUGGAGCUAGGGUUAGGGUUAGGGUUAGGGUCGGAGCUAGGGUUAGGGUUAGGGUUAGGGUUAGGGUUGGAGCUAGGGUUAGGGUUAGGGUUAGGGUUAGGGUUGGAGCUAGGGUUAGGGUUAGGGUUAGGGUUAGGGUUGGAGCUAGGGUUAGGGUUAGGGUUGGAACUAGGGUUAGGGUUAGGGUUAGGGUUGGAGCUAGGGUUAGGGUUAGGGUUAGGUUUAGGGUUGGAGCUAGGGUUAGGGUUAGGGUUAGGGUUGGAGCUAGGGUUAGGGUUAGGGUUAGGGUUGGAGCUAGGGUUAGGGUUAGGGUUGGAGCUAGGGUUAGGGUUAUGGUUAGGGUUGGAGCUAGGGUUAGGGUUAGGGUUGGAGCUAGGGUUAGGGUUAGGGUUAGGGUUGGAGCUAGGGUUAGGGUUAGGGUUAGGGUUGGACCUAGGGUUAGGGUUAGGGUUAGGGUUGGAGCUAGGUUUAGGGUUAGGGUUAGGGUUGGAGCUAGGGUUAGGGUUAGGGUUAGGGUUGGAGCUAGGGUUAGGGUUAGGGUUGGAGCUAGGGUAGGGUUAGGGUUAGGGUUAGGGUUGGAGCUAGGGUUAGGGUUAGGGUUAGGGUUGGAGCUAGGGUUAGGGUUAGGGUUAGGGUUGGAGCUAGGGUUAGGGUUGGAGCCAGGGUUAGGGUUAGGGUUUGAGCAAGGGUUAGGGUUAGGGUUAGGGUUGGAGCUAGGGUUAGGGGUAGGGUUAGGGUUGGAGCUAGGGUUAGAGUUAGGGUUAGGGUUGGAGUUAGGUAUGUGCAUUUUUGAGGUGACCCACCCCCUUGGUAACUUUUGAACGGAAGGUUGUAGAGCGCUGAAACUUGCAUGUUGGGGAGUGGAAGAUUUUUCUGAGUCCAAUGAACCAACUCCCGAGUCUCUAGGACGUACCUAAAAAAAGUUGAUUUUUUCCCAUAGGAAUGCAUGUUGAAAAAAUUUUGAAAAUGUGCCAACCCAAUUUUUCACCUUCCAGAAUUGUGUUAGGAGCACGUUUCAGGCCACGGGGAGUCUAUAGAACCUAAUUCUGGGGGAAGUUUUUUGAAAAGUUUACUUAGGGCUAGGGUUAGGGUUAGGGUUGGAGCUAGAGUUAGGGUUAGGGUUAGGGUUGGAGCUAGGAUUAGGGUUAGGGUUAGGUUUAGGGUUGGAGCUAGGGUUAGGGUUAGGGUUAGGGUUGGAGCUAGGGUUAGGGUUAGGGUUAGGGUUAGGGUUGGAGCUAGGGUUAGGGUUAGGGUUAGGGUUAGGGUUGGAGCUAGGGUUAGGGUUAGGGUUGGAGUUAGGGUUAGGGUUAGGGUUGGAGCUAGGGUUAGGGUUAGGGUUAGGGUUGGAGCUAGGGUUAGGGUUAGGGUUAGGGUUGGAGCUAGGGUUAGGGUUAGGGUUAGGGUUGGAGCUAGGGUUAGGGUUAGGGUUAGGGUUAGGGUUAGGGUUGGAGCUAGGGUUAGGGUUAGGGUUAGGGUUGGAGCUAGGGUUAGGGUUAGGGUUAGGGUUAGGGUUGGAGCUAGGGUUAGGGUUAGGGUUAGGGUUGGAGCUAGGGUUAGGGUUAGGGUUAGGGUUGGAGCUAGGGUUAGAGUUAGGAUUAGGGUUGGAGUUAGGUAUGUGCAUUUUUGAGGUGACCCACCCCCUUGGUAACUUUUGAACGGAAGGUUGUAGAGCGCUGAAACUUGCAUGUUGGGGAGUGGAAGAUUUUUCUGAGUCCAAUGAACCAACUCCCGAGUCUUUAGGACGUACCUAAAAAAAGUUGAUUUUUCCCAUAGGAAUGCAUGUUGAAAAAAUUUUGAAAAUUUUUCCAAGUGCCAACCCAAUUUUUCACCUUCCAGAAUUGUGUUAGGAGCACGUUUCAGGCCACUGGGAGUCUAUAGAACCUAAUUCUGGGGGAAGUUGAAAAGUUUACUUAGGGCUAGGGUUAGGGUUAGGGUUGGAGCUAGAGUUAGGGUUAAGGUUAGGGUUGGAGCUAGGGUUAGGGUUAGGGUUAGGGUUAGGGUUGGAGCUAGGGUUAGGGUUAGGGUUAGGGUUGGAGCUAGGGUUAGGGUUAGGGUUAGGGUUAGGGUUGGAGCUAGGGUUAGGGUUAGGGUUAGGGUUGGAGCUAGGGUUAGGGUUAGGGUUAGGGUUGGAGCUAGGGUUAGGGUUAGGGUUGGAGUUAGGGUUAGGGUUAGGGUUAGGGUUGGAGCUAGGGUUAGGGUUAGGGUUAGGGUUGGAGCUAGGGUUAGGGUUAGGGUUAGGGUUAGGGUUGGAGCUAGGGUUAGGGUUAGGGUUAGGGUUGGAGCUAGGGUUAGGGUUAGGGUUAGGGUUAGGGUUAGGGUUUGAGCUAGGGUUAGGGUUAGGGUUAGGGUUGGAGCUAGGGUUAGGUGUGGGGUUAGGGUUAGGGUUGGAGCUAGGGUUAGGGUUAUGGUUAGGGUUGGAGCUAGGGUUAGGGUUAGGUUGGAGCUAGGGUUAGGGUUAUGGUUAGGGUUGGAGCUAGGGUUAGGGUUAGUGCUAGGUUGGAGCUAGGGUUAGGGUUAGGGUUGAUGCUAGGGUUAGGGUUGGAGCUAGGGUUAGGGUUAGGGUUGCAGCUAGGGUUAGGGUUAGGGUUAGGGUUGGAGCUAGGGUUGCAGCUAGGGUUAGGGUUCGGGUUGGAGCUAGGGUUAGGGUUAGGGUUGGAGCUAGGAUUAGGGUUAGGGUUAGGGUUGCACCCUGACCAAUAGGAGCUGUCCAGGACGGAUGGCUCCCAUUGGUCAAUGUUUUUUCAGCCCUGCACCUGUGAGGAUGAACUUUUUUUUUUUUUUUUUUUCACUUCACUUUGUGGAGAUCAUACUAUAGGACUAUGAUCGCCAUAUAGAUCAAAUUCGUAAUGAUGACCAAUCUCUUCAAUCGUCAACCAUGCCUUUAACUCUUCUUUAUUGUUUAAAAAUUCCAGUGAUCAUUGAUUAUUGCUUGUACUGUUGCGGUUAAAAGACUGAGUCAGCUCUUAAGUUCUGCCUCAGCUCUUAAGGGAGAACCAUUAAGCAAAGACCAAACAUGAUCAGAUGACUGGGCUGAGACUGUCUCUGGAGAUGUCUUUCAUUGACUAUGUUGUGUAACCACGUUGAACAUGUUGUUGCGUUGGUUUCAGGGUGACAAAGACAACAAAACUCUUUUUUUUCUUCCUGUUUUAAGUUGUGUUUUCUCCAAACAUAAAGCAGCACUUUGUAGAUGAUUACUGCAGUUUACAACUUUCCUUACAUAAGACCCAAUUUGGAGCAGCUCGGUCUUUGUACAGAAUUCACAGGGUGAGUUUUGUGUUUUCUGUCUGAUCUGUAAAGACUAAAAAGUCAGUGGUAGUCUGUGGUUGUGAAUCCUCUGGGAAAGCUGGCUAUGAAUAUUUGAUUUAAAUACUCCUUUUUAUCACUGACAUGGCUCAGGGCAGGGAUCCUCAUUGAUCUGGGGUUAUAAUCACAGAUUAAAAAGAACUCUCCCCAAACGAUUCCCUGAUUAAAGCCGUGUUUAUAUGCUCUGCUCAUGACCAAGUGAGAUUCACAGAGGCAUUAAAGAAAGCCCCUGUAGGAUGAGCAGUGCUGCGAACACACACCCUUUAAUGUGGCUCCCACUGGCUAUUGUGAACACCAAGACUCUGGCUCCAUUUCAACUCAUUAGCUGCAGAACUUGGCCUGAAUCUAAUAUGUCAAGCUCAGGAAUCCAGUUCACAGACAGAUGAAGGGAUAAAGAAGGAAUAGAAAGUGAGACAUUUUCUAGAGACCAAGAAAUUUGUUUCUUUUGGAUCUUUGUGUUUCACUCAAAGUUUUUAACACAUGAUAGAAGUUUUUCUGUGUAUGUUGGCGUCGCUUUCACAUGUAAACUGUAGAAAAACAAGUUCUUAUCAUACAUAUUGGCAUAAGCACUGUAAAUUUUCAUAGUCUUUUCCUGCAUCUAGAAUUCAAUUAUUAUGCACAGACUUUCUGCUUUUUUUCUGAUAUAGUACUGUCUGACCUUUUACUCACAGGUUUGUCUGAACCUCAAUUCUGAAUGCUGAUUGAAGGAACUUAACCACCGGCUCUUCUCCAUCCUGCAGAGGCAGAUAAAUACCUAAACUGCAAGCCAAUGGUAUUUGAAUGGGCUCUUGGCCCCCUGUCAAACCUCCAUUUGUGAGUUUAAACGAUUGCUGAAUUUCAUCUUAAUUACAACAAAGACGAGCCAAGCCCAGAGUUCAUUCUCAUCUUUGCCAAUUAUGGAUGUGGCUGGCAACGCAGUGGUUUCCACCUCUCAUUUCUCAAAGCCAUUUGGUCCCCAGAAGCAGAGACGAUUGGUACGUGCCCGUCCUCUCUCUGCUGUGCUCAAAAUGAAGCAGAUGAGAUUACUCUGUGUGCAUGAAGAUGAUUUCACCUAAUAUCAACUUAGAGCCUGCUCUGUGCAUACUAAUCAUAUGGAUAUGUUCCCUCAUACCAACCAGCACUCACCUUCAUUAGUCUUUAAAUUGAAGCAUAGUUUUUCUAAUAUGACUGAUAUAGCACAAAAGUUUGGUUUAGACCUCUGAGACUGAUAACUGUGACAAAGUUAGACUCCCUAGAUUCUCUGUCUAGGGGCUGUAAGGAAUGAUGUGCACAUUAAUUCAUGAAAAAUUAGGUUAAAGAGGGGAGUGUUUGCUGGCAACCAAUCUCUCCAACAGCUACUCUUAAUUCAUGUUUUGCCAUAUCAGAUUAAAUUUGCUUUCUUCAUGCAUGUGCUUAAGAUAAUCUGUUCCAGCAUUCAGAGUUGUGAUUAUCCUGGUGGCAAGGACAGAAAGAUAGAGAGGCUAUAGCAGCCCCAAGUAAUUAAAUUAGCCCUGAAUGGCUAAUUGGAUCAAUUUGGGAGGCAGACACUGUCAAGGAUAAGAGUAAUCAUCUAUGCAGCAGCAAUCUUUUAUUGCUCAGACACGUCUUGUAGAAAGACAAGGUGUGAUCCCGAAGGUUAAUGUAAUUACUGUCCAAUUCUUUCGCUCACUGUGCACAAUAACGCUAAUUAAUCUAAGAUUGCUGGACUAUAAUGAAGUGCGACAAGCUCAGGUAAUGCUGAUUAUAGUAUUUAGGACACGGCUGAAUAUUCUAUGUAUUUCCUCAUCUCGGGCUGUCGUGAUGAUGCUGCAAUGAGCCCAGUCUUUCUUCACACUCUAUAUUGGCUUCAAAGAUAUGGAUCCACUGCAAAAGAAAGUAUAUUUUGUUUUAAAUUUGCUCCUGAGUUUUAGUAUGAUCAUCAUGCAUUUUAUUCCAAUACAGUGGUGAUUUACAUUUGAUCCAAGACGAGCUCACUGGGCUCAGUGAGGUGUAAAGCGAUGUAAUGAGAGAGAGACUUGGCUUAUGAGCAGAGCAUUCAUAUUCAUUAGCAGCAGGCAUUAACAUAUGAUGCCAGUGACGGAUCUCUGAUGCAUGUUUUAUGAAUGCAGUUAAUAGCACGCUGACAGCAUGGUGGGCCAUAAAGGACCAGAGCAAUCCACUGAAUGAAAGCCACAGAGUAGUGGGACGAUUAUUGAUUCUCCCCUGUGUCCUAUUGAUCUCUGACGUUUUCAUCUGGCACAGAGCUGCUAAUCUGCUGUGUAUCAGAGAGACACCCACAGUGCAGCCCAUUGACUCUGCUAUCAAUAGCCACAAAGCUGGAUAUCAUUAAAUCCUCAUCACUUUGUUUCCCCCAGCCAGCCGCCACAGACGACUGAGCACUCUGCGUGACCUCUGAAUAACCACUGUCCACCAGCUUGUUUAUGGCUCCGGCUUCUGCCGUGUGACAUUUACUGCCUCUUUUUUUAAUAGGCCAGUGUAACAGCUCUGCUGUACACAUAGCUGAUAUUGACCACUGCCUCAGAGUGUGCGGCUGAACAUGGUUUUAUCCCAUCGAGUGUGCAGAUAUAGUAGGUCAACGGAAAGUACACUCAAGCUUUGUCAGCAAACACGGGCUGAAUCCUUCGAUUUGUCAUCAGGGCAAAUGUUAGAAAUGGAUUACAAGCUUUUGAAAACCAGCACAAACCCACACAAUACAGCAUUUUGGGUAGUUUUAAAGAGCCACUGAUUUUACAGGAUAGAAAAACAGUAGAGUACUGUGUCCUGUGUGUCUGAAAAGAGGCUCUAACUCUAAUGAUGUCAUAGCAGUCAUCACUACCAUCUCCUCAAGAGCUUGGAGACAAAUUUCUGACAAAGAUUUUUAUGUUUCAAAUUGGAGAUGGAGAUUUUAAAAGAAACAGAUGUGAAAACUUCUACCAAAUUGCAUUUUUUAAAAUGUUCAAUUUUGUGUUUAUGAUCAUAACUUAAGAUAUGUGGAGUAAGGGUGAGGGUAUCCUGGUCUUUGCUGCCUCUCCUGAACACUGAAUCCUUCGUGUGGUAGCUAGCUGCCUCCCCUAACUUCAUGGAGGAGAUGUACAAAACUGUUGGUGCGCUCCUCAGCUUAAAAUAAAAGAGACAAAUAGUGACCGUUUUGUGCAGGAUCACAUGAUAAUACCAAACUUAUGUCGACAUGGUGACUGUGGUUUUCUGAAGAACAGGGAAGAUGAGAAACACAUUUCAGUGCUGACAGUGCAGAGGAGGAGCCUCCCUCCCCCAGAGAGAGAGGGGGCAGCGGGGGACAAGGACAGGUGACGUGAGGAUCGAUGGUGCUUAAGGUGUGGGGGUGACAAGGACAGGUGCAGGGGAGCGCUGUGCGAUGGUCCAUUAGAGAUGGAGGCUCCCUGCUGAGAGCAGACAGCAUGAUAAACAGCUUCAGCUCUGAUAAUAGUCUGGCUGAUCAAUAGCCUGUCCGCCCUCUGUGCCUGGAGCAGCAGCCACAACAGCUGACCCCCAGGUCAUGAGUCUGCGUGUGUUUUUGGCGUGUGUGUGUGUGGGAGGGCGGGGGUUUGGGAGGAAAGCUAUUGGUGAAUCAGUCGGAGCAUCACAUUGACCCCCUGACCUCUCUGACUAACCUUAUCUUCCUGAUGUAAUAGAAUCAACCAAGCAUAUCCAAUUAGUAUCUGCAUGUCCUUCACUUAAGCUCUAAUGGUUUAUUCAUAGUGUAACACUGAAGACAUUUUCACAUCCGCUCCUGUCAUCCUCACUGAGGAAACUUUCCUCCUGCUGCUCGUGUCCUACACUCCUUACCCUGUAGAGGUUGAUCCUGCAGAUCUUUGGGUGCUCGGACAGUUGAAAGUGGCUCAUAUCUGUAAGCAUUAUGCAGCAGCUCACUGAGUACCUAUAUAAUGUGUUGUGUCAGUCUCUUUUUUUGUAUUUCAUAUCCUGAUGUGUCAAUUAGAGAUCUGAUGAUGUCCUUUACAUUUGUAACAGGGAUUUAGUUUCUGCCUGAUAACAUUUUGUGGACAAAUAGACCAUGAUCACAAAAUAACUGAUAGCAGAAUUAUUGUGAGUUGCAGCUGGUUCACGGAACAGACAAAUGUGUUGUGACAGCACUGAUGGCAAUACAAAGAUGACGAGUGGACGGCACUGUUGUGUUGUAAUUACAAGAAUAAGAUGAAUUCCCAGUUAAACCACUUACAGUGUCAGUAUGGUUAUAAAGUACUUCUCUAUUUCAUUUCCUGUAACUCUAUGAUUCUGUCGUUUGUUCCUUUUAGGUCAUGUAUCACUACAUAUCCCACAAAAUAAUCACAUAAUUAAUGUGUGAAACAUUUACAGACAUAGAACAACAGACCACGUGUGCUCUGACUGAAAUCAGCUCCAUAUCAACUAUAUCUUUUAAUAAUAUUACUGAUUUGGGAAUAUUUUGAUGUGGUCACUGUUUCUUUUUAAAGUCCCACUCCAAUCGUUUUUGUUUUACUACUUUAAGUGUUCUCAGAGGUCUUGAAAUUGUAGUUAUGAAGUUUUUACCAAAAAUCAUGUUAUCUGUGUCAUUUUCAAGAGCUUUUCUUCUGCAGAGCUCCAGCAGCUCAUUAGCAAUUUGCCUCCGAGUCGUGGGCGGAGACAGCACUGCUCUGCACCCUUGUCUUCACACUAGCUUGCAGCCUAACAUUGCCUGUGCAAUGGAAGUAGCAGGUAACAUAGGAACUAUUCAGAUCUCGGACACAUAUCUUUAGGGACAAAUAAGGGAUAAGGGAUUAGGGAUAAAACCUAAUAUCAUUGUUAGCUUUCUUACGAGCAUUGCAAUCCGCUAACGCACACCUUGUUCCGCGAUUGUCUCCUCUAUUUUUUCGAAUGUGGCCUGUAUAGUGGGGGCUCCGAGGGCAGAACUUGGAUUUGCUAUGUAGGAAAUCUCACUGUUUCUGAACCUGCUGUUUGGAUCUGCCAGAGAUUCACAGCGAUCUGAAUGAAGAAACACUCAGAGAAGCAAUUUCGCAAUUAGUUUUCUUACAAUAUGUCCUGUCGCAUCAGAAAAAUGCCAUGUGAAGAUACAAAAAACAAGAAAAACAUGAUUUCCAUCAGAGUGGGUCUUUAAGGGAAGUGAAGUACUAUCACUGAGCACAUCCUCAUACUUUCCAGCCAAAGUGUUUCAGAUUGUAAACUAAUAAGCUUUGGUUGUUUGUGUAUUAACAGACUGUAUUUUUAGAGCCAUCCGUCUGUGUCUGUGAGGGGAUCUAAGGGUUUAUAGUCUUACAGCACAACAAUGAAGGAUUACAGAACAAGACACCAGCGACAGGAGGAGUUGAUGUAGUAGACAUCUGACAACCUCUGACCUGUUGUGGCUGAAAUAAUCACUGAAACACUGAUCCGAGAGAAGAUGUUUGAAUACUCUUACAUUUCAGAAACCUCACAGGCUAUGAGGCUAAGUGGAAUAUGAAAUUGUGCCCAGAAAAGACACAAUUAUCUUGUUUGUCUUGGUGCUUAUUUUGCUAGUUUGUCAUUUGUCAUUGUCACAACAAGAAAGGAUAUUCUUUUUGCUUGUUUUUAGACGGGGGCAAGUAUUCAAGAGUACAAAAAAGAGGAAGUAAUAGUGUUUCAGCAAGUGGUUGCGGCAACGCAUCUGUGAGUAGAUGUGGAAAAACAACAUGAAUUGAGACAGACACACACACACACACACACUCAGACAGACACACAUAGACACACGCACACACUCACUUAGAAGUGUUGUCACUCACUGAGUCAAAACCACACGUCUGCUCUGAAGUCCUUUCUUCUCGACGUGCCUGCGUUAUCUCACAGCUACAGUUGUGGCUUCAAUGGCGGUGAGACAUCCUGACUUGGAAAGUGAGACUCCAUAUCUUGAGCAACCCCACAAGCCAUAAACCGCAGGCAGCAGCUUCUGCAGCCCAGCUCGCUGCGACUUCAAACACUAACAAGCUGGAAUAACAUUUUGCUUGGGGUGGCUUCCCUUGACGGCUCCCAGCUGCUGGCAGGCUGAUGGAAGGAAGACAAGAUUUAUUACAGGCCUUGUCGCAUUUGGAUAAAACCUAACCGCAUAGUAUAGAAACUGUGGGAUCACAGAAUGUGUCAUUACUGCAGCUCUCUCCGCAGAUCAGUGCAAGAUCCAUGCUGGAAUCAGUCCUUCGGAAAAUCAAUUUCCAUGUCUGAGCUAGAGUCCUGCUGUCAGUGUCUCUUGAAAGCUUUGAGUGGAAUUAAAUUGACAUUUGAGGUGGAGAGUGAAUUACUUUAAACCUGCUGCAAUUUAAAUGAUACUGUAAAGCUGGUAGAAAAUACCGCAGCGUCGGAAUACCAAAUUGGAAAAGUGGAAAGUCCAAUCCUCACAGUGAGAUAAACAAUCAUCCCACGUAGUGUUCAGCUCCCAUGGUUUGUUAAGAUGUCGGGUGUCAUGCUAUUUCAUAACAGGAAGUGUGAGGUGAUGAUGAAGCAGCGAUCUGACCCACGAACACCCUCUCGGAGGGACUACAGGAGUGCAGAUGGGAUGACAGAGAGCAGAUAUGUGGGAGUCUGGAUUUGAAAGAUUUAUAAGCUCUGGCCCGAGGACAGCAGUGAAUCGUCUCUGCUGAAUCACCCUCUCAGGAAUGAACGUUAAAUACACAAAAAGGAUACUUACCUUAACAAGUCUGAGCAGAGUGCUGUCACAGUUCACAGGGUUACUUCAUACCUGUGAGACAAGGAAGUGAGAACACAAAGUAAGCAGUUUCACCAAAGAAAAAACAAGAAGUGGGUGGAAAGUAUAUGAGGAGACUUUUGGUUUCAAAGGCAGUUUUGGAGCUGUCAUCACAGCUGUUGAAAGGUCAAGUAGUUUUUGUGUGUGUGUGUUAGUGUGUGUGUCUACAUAUCAGAUGUACUCUGCUGCAAAUACUGAGGCAGAGAGACUCAAUCACAGGCCAAACGAAUAGUGUAACCCUGCCUCCAUAUUGCCAUAUUGUUUUUUUCGCACGCAGUCUGUUUUACCUCCUCUCACCUCGUCUUCAGUAUGUAUACAGCAGUGGAUCAAAUUACAUCAGAGGCUACAGCUGCAUAUGUCUCCUUUAAACAUCACACUCACUCUCGAUUUUAAUCCAAUUAUAAUCGGACAAUUUGUUCAAAACAUAACAGGAGUUGAUUGCUGCCGGAUAUGUGCUGUUUAUCCUCCCGAGAAGGGAAGAUGAGACAGCACUGAGACCACCCACUUGGACUGGCAGACCACGGCUUGCAAAGCCACAAGCCCCCUCUCCAACCAGAUAAAUCUGUGCUUUCAUGAACCACAUGAGAGGGCUGUACAUCUGCAGAACAUUUCAGGCUGCAUAUGGUCUUAGUGCAACUCGCAAUUUAAACAUCAGAGAGCUGUGAAGUGGUGGAAAUUAGGGAUUUGGGUUGCGGAUGAUGGAAAGUUGUGUGGUUACGAAAACAGGAUGAGUGAAGGACGGUAAUUCAUCUGAGUGGGGUGGAUAACACAAGACACCUGUCUGCUCCUUCAUCCUGUCUGUCUGUGUCUCGAUUACAAUCUCCACUCGUUUCAAAGUGUGGCUUUAGACAGAGCUUGUCUUUCGCCAUCAAUAACACACACCUGUUUAGGGUGUGUUGGGGGUGACUCAUCAUCCGUCCGUCUCUAACAUAGACUAAAUAAAGUUAAGGAAUGAAAGUUGAUGUUUCUACUUUUUUCUUGCUGCAUUAGUUUGAUUUAUAACUGCGAGUCAGGCUGCAUUGCACUAAAAAUAACAAAGCAGCAGUAGCAGCACUCGCGGCCCUGUGAUUGUAUUGAUUUUGAUAGCCGGCCCCGGUGUUUGUGUGGCUUGGGGCGUAUUUUAUCGAGAGCAGUAAAAUAACAAAGGAGAUGGGCUGGAAGUUCUCUAUGUAUACCAAUCAGAAUUUAUAAAUUGCUCCAUUACCUUUAUUUCCCUUGGUUACUCUGGGAACAUUAGCAAUUAUUCUCUCAUGGGCUUGGCUCAUAAAACUAAUAAUCUGGUGAUUUAGUGCCUUGUGGCACGCUGCACCCAGUCUGGCCUGCUCUAAUCCAUUCAUCUUACCACCUAUUAGUUUUAUUUUGGAGGGACAAAUUGCGUUCCAAGAGAAAAUGGGUCAAUAGGUGUCCUCUAUUAGAAAUCGCUAACAAUGUAACUGUGUUUUUCUUCAGUGCAUAUGUGUUUGGUAGUGUAGCACAGGCUGAUUAUCAUUCUAUUUGCAUACCAGGAGGUAGCCUCAAUUAUCUUUCUUGGGCUGCAUGACAAAUUGCAAAUAGCCAAGGUUAUGUAUUCAAACCCUAAUUUAUUCUGUUUGCUUCAGAGCUAGUGUGGGUGUAUAUUGGCUUGUAUGAGUGUGAAUGCAUCUAUGCACACCUGUAUGUGCUGCAAAAUGAAGUCACCAGUGUUUCGCCUCUGUUUUUUUUUCCUCUUUCAGUGUGUGAUCAUGGAGAUGGAUGUCAGGGCCUGUGAGCUGAGAGGUCUUUUGCUGCAUGGUGGCUCCGUGCCGCUGUACCAUUAGCAGGCCCCCGGGGAGAGAAAGACCCCGAAUCUGGAGAGACAGACUCAGAUUAGAUUAUAAAUCACCACCCUGGGGACCCGAGCAAAAUAGUGACAUCAUCACUCCAAGACCCUCUGUCCUGAGAUCUGGCUGACGAUGCAGUCCAGCAGCAGUUGCUUACAGCUGAUAUGAGCUGGCAGCAGACUGUGGCACAACACAUUCGUCUCAAACUGCCAGGCUUAUUCAACAUCUGUGUCACCUCAACACCUUUAUCAGUUCUGUGACAUAAUCUGUUUAUUCAUUCAAUACUGCAGAGCUUAUUUUUCUUUUUCUUGAAGAUAAGAAUGAGCUUUAGUACACAGUGGAAACAUAACACAUGUAUGUUUUUUGACCGAUAGGAGCAAACAUAUUCUCACUCUGUCACAGCUCAAGUCCUGCAGUGUUUCUGCUGCUGGCUGUGAAGUAGCUGUGUGUUAAGCCCACUGUGUAGUCAGGUCUGUAAUAAGGCCUGUAGAUCCUUCCCGCCCUCCCACAUACACACACACACUCACACUCAGAGGUCUGUGGUCACACAGCUGGCCCUGUCUGGCCAACCACUCCAACCUCACCACUUCCCCUCUCUGGGUGGGAUGACAGACACAGGGAGCAGGGAGGGGAGAAGGGAGGGAGGAGGCCCUUCUUGCUCUCCAGAUGUGGCCGGCCUGUCUGUCUGCCUUGGCUGUACAUACAGUAGACAGACAGUGAGGUGUUAAGACAAACAGGGAACAAGUGUUUUGUGUAUCCUAAAAUGAACCUCUCACAGUCACAUGGCACCUUGGUGGCCCCUGGACUAUAGAGUCCAUGUCCCCAUCAGCUGGUCAGUUCUUCUCUCAUCAGCAUACACAUUGUCACAUAGCUGUAACACAGACGUUUAUCCAAAGUGAGGCACGCUGUCCACUAUUAUCACUAUCAUGGCACACAGUGCUCAGCUGACGGUGGAAACAAAUGCUACGGGCUGAACACUUUGGACUAAAUGGAAGUUGACAGUUUUAAUUCGGGUCCCUUCAGGGACUCACUUUAACUGGCUGAGAGGAGCCGUCUCCCACAGUACACUGCAGUCCUGCUUUAUUAGUCCAUGAAGGGUGGAGGGGAUGCAUUUGUCACAUGAGAGGAGUCAUCACGGUCCCCCAGCGGGCGGCCUCUGUCCCCAACAGGCUCUGCUGAUGUAAUCUGCCAGACUUAAACUUACAUUUACACAGAAUCCACAGAUGCGAUAAGAGGCCCCAAGGCCGGCUUAUCUGCAGCUAUCAGAGGAGAGGAGCCGAGCCAACUUUCCCUCUCCUUCUCCCCCUGUGUCCUGCAGCCCUGCUGCUCUGUCAGACUGCUGCAGAUUUGUGUAAUGACAUCAGAGGGAGACUGAGGCCUGGCGACAGUGGCCCAAAGGCGCCCGAAUCGUAAAACCUAAUUGGUGGCUGUCGUAAGUUAACUACAUAGCAAAUUUCCACAUUCUCCCUGUGCUGCUGUAGUAUUUGAGUGGCUUUGAGCUGGGAGUAGCUAUUUGAAACUGCUUGUAUCAUUUGUAAGCAGCUUCUGUAUAUGUGAGGUUUGCAUGCAGGGAGAGAUUUAUAUGGAUUCUUAAGGACAAACAACAAUGCUACACACCUUUAUUUAUUCUGCAGAGCAGUCUGUAACCUUUGCUCAGCGUAUUGUAUGCUAUACUUCGCCUUGUAGUGAGGUUCAGGGAACAUGAGGAAAGGUAAUAGGGACAUAAUGAGGGGAAUGAUGAGUACAUUUAUGGAGGAUCUUUGGCUCUCUUGCCUGAGGAACCAUUAUAAUGAUGUGUAGACUGCAUUGGUUACACAGCCAUAGUCAUAGCACGCAACCACACUACCUCUCCCACUACGCCACAACAUUCAAAAAUACUGAGUUUGGCUCAGCCAAUCAGCUAGCUUCACUGCCCAGGGGUUAAGCGGCUUCCCAACCUCAAAGCGAGGGGUCAGUGUGGAGGAAAAACAUCACACAAGAGCCACAAUUGCAGCCCUCAAACAUGAAAAGUCUCUUUUUAUUUUUGACAGUCUUCCCACUUUUAAUGGCCGGGUCUAUGUGCUGCGUAAACAAACAGUGAGGCUCGGUCUGCAUAGGCAGCCAGCAGCGGUGGCUUUGGUGGUGAGCUGGAUUACAGGCUGCGAUGGAGCUGUGGUUACAAUGGCACACUGAGCUCCACUCAGCCUCUGUGACAGUCAAUCGAGCUCUCUCCUACUUUCUAACAGCUCAGUGGUGACUGCAACAUUUCCAGAUGUCAGAGCUGUGGCUUCUACAGGAGCUGAUUCACGCUGUAGGCUCAGUUAGGUGUAAAAUAUAUCCUGCAUUUACUGUUGAAUAAAGGCUACUGAAUUGAUUUCAAUGGGCACAUGAUAGACACAUUCAAGUUAAAAUUCUGGACCUCAUAUCUGUGCUUUUUUACCUGCAGCAGAAGAUAUGUUCUUCCUUUUUGGGCAAUCUUGAGUCACUUUUUGAAAAAAUAUACAAAUAAAACUAAAUGCAGAGUCAGAAGUUCCCUGUUUGCAAUAAUGUAUAUAUAACCCACUCCUACUUGUGUUUAUGUUUGUGUAUGUGUGUGUGUGCUGCUUUGAUGGAUCAGCGUGUGUUUUCUUCCCCUAUUCCAGCUGCAGCACCUCCUUUUUCCAACACUGCUUGUGACAGUCAGUUUAAUUAGUGCCAGCAGGUCCUCCCACUAACUGUAACUUCAUUAGCUGCUGUCAACAGGCCAAGCAAGGCUACACAUAAACACAGCUCAUUAUGACUCUGCCCUAUCUUUUGUCUCCUCCUUGCUUCAGUAUCCCACACUAUUUAUCUCCCUCUCUCUCUCCACAUAUGCAUAUAUAAAUCUCACACCAUAAUGAGGGUCCUCCAGUUGGGAUGGAUGUAGAGUCAUUUUUCUUUCCCUGUAAGCAGCAUGCAAAGGCCAGGCUUUGUUCCCCCUCUGAAGGUGGAAAUAGCUGAGCGUUUCAAGUGGAAAUUCAGCCUUUUGGGGUUAUUAUCCAAACACAACAUGUGAUGGUUCAUGUCAAGUGGGUCUUAAUCCUUAGACGGCAAACUGGAGACAGUCAGGUUAAAAGAAUCCAUGUAAAAAAAAAUCUAUCUGAUAAUGAUUUACUCUCUGACCCAUAAAUCUUAAGAAUAUCACAUAUUAACCGUACAGCUCACAUCAAAACGCAUUGAUUGACCACUGCGUGAUAUCCAGCUUCAAGAUCGAUGUUUCCUAACGAGGAUCUGUGGUGUUCAGAGGAGGAUUUUCUCAUCCCUGACUGUGGUUCUGGCAGCGGGUAAGAGACACCGUGCCAGUAAAUCCAAUCUCGGCCUGCUGAGGAGUGAUUUAUGAAAACGCUCUCAUGACUUCACUUUCUUUUCCUGAGAGCUGUGUAAAUGACAUGUAAAUCUGAUCAUUUGCCUGGUCAAUUAUCCUCCAUCCUUACUCUUGUUGGCUGGCAUUGUGCAGUGUUUCAGCACUGUUUGGCUGCUGAUAGAGAGAUAACCCCAAGCCUUGUUAGAUUCCUGACAGGCGCGGCGUGUCAGUCUGUGGUUCUGAAUCGUCCCUAAUCAAAAAAUCUCUUGGAGCGAGCCGCUUGAUUCUACAGGGCUGAGCGUCAUCAAAGCCUUUCAUGUUCUCUGGCUGAAGGGAGAGACAGGGUAGAGGAGAAAGCUUUAGCAGGUACACUGUGCUCUUUGUUUACCCUUUCUCUUACCAAUCUGGUGCACAGAUGGCCAACAAUUAUUUCUCUGUGUGCGCAUUGCUGCUGGCGAGCCACCAGCUUUUCAGAGAUUGGUGUAAUCCUUUAUUAUUUAUGAUUGUCUGGGAUUUUUGGAUCAAGAUUGAACACAAUCUGUUGAAUGACUGAGAGGAGUGGGAGGCAGUGAAGCGAAAUGAAAUGCAAACAGAGAGAGUGGAAAUGGAGAAGUCAGGGCAUCCAUAAUGAAGAUGUGAUGCUCACUGUUAGGAGAGCUGCUCCUGAAUCCAGCACACUCUAAUCCCAUUAACACUGACUAAAUAUACCAUUUGUUUUAAGCUUGCCAGUGGUGGUGUUUAUGCUAAUAGCCUGGUCGCUGCAGGCGUUUUCAGAAGACUUUUGGAGGGCACCGGCUAAUAAUUAGAUUUAAUAAGGAAGUCAAUUUCUAUCCUCAUUUGAAAUAAAAAUAAGAGGCUUAGCCUCUCAUAGGACAGGCAUUAAUUUGUUGAUUUGGUCUCGCGUUCUCUCUCAGGCUGCAGGCUGCAGAAUUCUUUAACCCUUUUCUGUCCUUGUUCAGGGAACCAAAUACACAUUUAGUGAUAUUCUGGGAACUUUUAACACAAAAUUUUAGAAGAUGAGAAGAUGAGUCUAAGUAAGCUAUUUAUUAAACAAGGGCUUGAGUACAAAUGUGUGGCACCGGUACUUCACUGAAAAGUUGACAUACAAUCUGUAUGAGCUCACUAUAAAAUAUGAUGAGCUGUUUGAGACUAGACAACAUAAUGUGCAACAGUAAAACACAAAAGUCACCAGUUACAAUCCAACCGCACAACAACAGCUCAACAACUGAGCUGCUAGUUUUUCUAAAUCAUGUUUUUACUUUUAAUAACCUUAUCAAAUAUUGAUGCUGAAACGUAAAGCUGUUAUAAAUAAGACUACAGUAAAUCGUAUGCCUUUUAAUUUGCUAUGAAAGCAAGUGAGGCCAACAGCAUACAGAUUUCAGAUGACAAUAAUAUAUAACCGGAUGAAGCAAGUAUCUUAGCAAAGAUACUGGAUAAGUGAAAUCCUGGGUUGUCAAAAGAAAACAGGAUAUUUCUUAGAUGAAUAAAACUUCAUGUGUGAGGGCUAAAACCAGCUAAGAAAUGAAAGUUACUGCUAUGGUACUAUGGAUGCCAAAACAGCCACUAGAACCAAUGAAAAUAUUAAAACACUGUGGGGUAAUUUUCUAACGUGAGGUUUAAACUCUUAAAGCUACAUGUCUGAGUGAUAUUUAACUUUUGCACUUGAUUGGAGAGGAGUUUGUGUCUUUUUAGACGACAGUAGCAACAAAAACAAUGGAGAAUAAAGUAAAAUCCUUCAAAAGUCAUCCCUCAAAUUGAUGAUUACAAAGUAUAUUAGUGCCAUUAAUACUGGAGGGCACAGUAGUAUUAUAGUCCAGUUUCUGUUGCCGGUUCAGAUGGACUUGUCUUACUGACUUUGUUUUCUUUAGACAGUCAUCUGUUCAAUUUUCAAGUUUAAAAUGCCUCACUGAACACCUGCCCCCCUCAGAAGAAAUCUGAAAUGACCAAAUAGAAAUGACUGAAGUAUCUUACUAAUUUUAGUUUUUCCCAACCAGUUCAAAACUUCUCACAGGAGCUCUAAAGAAUUAUUUACGCUAAAAUUAAGGACUUGAAAGCAAAAAUCUUUAAGAAAGCUCUGUAUUUUACAGUUACUUUUGAAUUAUGUUCAUGUCAACUCAACUGUGCAUCAUAUUUUCCACAAACAUGUAUAAGAAGGAAGAAGAGGAUUAACUACUUUUCAACAAUAGUGGAGUAUAAGAUUUGACUGUGUGCUGUAUUGUGGUAGAUAUGGAGCUGAUAUAUUCUAGAGAAUACAGAGCGGCUGCUGCUCCUCACCCUGCUGACCAGCUGGGAUCUGCUCUGCCGGGCCCGUGAGCCAGGUUCCAGCUGGAGGAGCUCUCUGAUCUGCUGUCAGACAGACGGCGGGUUCACUCUCCCCUGCCCUGAUAACUUCCUCAGCUCUCUAUUAUUCUUCUUCUCUACCCAGUAAAACAUCUUUUUUUUUGUGCUCUCCCUUUCCCCUUGCUCUGUCUCUCUGUUUCAACUUAAUAAUGGAAUCGAGUGCCCCUCCAGAGCAAGCAGCAAUGCCGGCCGCUGGUGGAGAAAUCAUUUUCAGCAAGCAUGUGUCAGUCAGCAGGUAUAGGAGCACUUGUGGAGUCAAUUUGGCAUGGAGGAGUGGAGCUAUAUUACUGUGUGCCAGGGAAUAUGAAAUGCUCCUCAGUGGGGCAGAAGUGCAGAAACACGGCAUAUGAGGACAGAAGAUUGCAGCCUCAAAAGGAGGUAUCUUUGAUAUGACACAGCUCAUAUUAUCGUGAAAGAGCUAGUUGAAGAGUUGUACUUAACAUUUAUUAUACUCUGUUCAUCUCAACACUGACAUCUCCACACUUAUUCUGCCCUCUUUGCAUCUCUGUUUUAUGCUACUAAUAUUCACUCUCAUGAGACACUUUGCUAACAAUUCACAGACCCUGACUUUGGCACCGGUUGCACUUUUCCUGCACGGACUGUUACCUUGACAACAUAUUUUUCUUUCGAGACAGUCAUGUGAAGUCAUUCCCUUAGCAUGUGAAUGUAAUCAGCAACCAUAACUGAAUUAUGGCCUAAAGAAUCCUUUUAAUCAUAUUAGCCAUUUAGCAAACUGGAUUAGAGGAACAAAAUCUUUGUUGAGCAGCUCAAGGUCUUCUCAAUCAACUGGUACCGCUUGAUCCUCUGAUCAGUUUAAUGCUGGAUCCUUUCAGAGUAUUUGUGUCCUGAAUUACAAAGCAUGUCCAAACGGGAGCUGGGAAUGAUUCAAAACAUACGGGCUGUAAUCUGCAGUUUGUUUGAAUAAUAAAAAGGAUGCAGCUAUGCAUCUGAGCUGGGUGUGAGUGUUGAACAAGUUCUUGUUUUGAUUCUGGGAUUAUUGAGUGUGAGUGAAAAUGAGGUUUAGAGGGGCUGCUGCAUGCCUCCAUCUGCCUUUCUGAUAUGUUGAUGAUUUAAAGUGGAGGAGAAUAAAACUGGCAGGUAACCUUGUGCUGUAACUUGAGUGUAGAACAAUAAUACUAAUAAUGAUUAUGAAAAUAAUGAAGGCAACAAUACAGCUAUGUGUUUUAAGCAUAAGGCUUGCUGUUAUUUGUUGCUCUGUGUAUUAGCACCUUUUGGCAUGUAUGUAAACACAGCCAGGGACUGAAGAAAUGAAAAGAGAGUUGAAUAGACUUAACUUAACUUGAAAGAUUUGAUUUAAUGGUCGCUCUUUUUAUGUCGCUGUUGAUCAAUACAUUAUUAAUACUACAUUUAAUCCCUGUAUUUCAAUGCUCACCAUCAUCCUGAUGAGCUGCAACUGCGUACUUAGCUUGCAAGUAGCUCCAACUCAAAAUACUUUGGUGUUAAUAUUAUUCUGUUUGACAUUAUUUUUGACUCAUGAACUGAGCCAUCUGAGAGGUUUUCUUACAGUGAAAUGUGCCUUUCACAGUACUGUCGUGUUGUUAUUUUCCAUCACAGCAGCAGCAGGAAUCAAGCUGCCUCAGCUUCUUAACUACGCUGCACCAAAAAGGACAUAAUAGCAUGUGGUUUUCUUUAGAUUACAUCUUACUUUUUGAUUCUCAUCACAUAUUGACUACUUCACACUAACAGGCCUUAAUGAUCAUGUUUGAAACAACAUUUCUAUGACUAUUUGACUGCUUUAAAACUGCUCUCUUACUGGCAGAAAGCAGUAAAGUUAAAAUCAUAACAGUGAAACAUGGAAUAUAUGGUGGACAAACCUUUAACAUUGGCAUAUUUUAAGGCAUUUUCUUAAAAUAAUCAAUUUAAAGAAAAUAUAUUUUGUUAUUUGUUUUGUUAAGUUAGAGACUGGUCCUGAAAGAAACUGGGGAAAGUGAAUCACUCAUAAUAGAAUGUACAUAACAAGUUCCUGUUGGUCUUUCCCAGAGUAAAUGGUAUGGCUUUUUACAUAUGAUUACAUUUAAGAAGUAAAUAUAUAACUAGGUUCUCUGGAACACUCCAAUCUAAUCUGACUCUCAUCUAACUCACCCGUGUACGACUUCCAGUGGGCUUUAAAAUGAACUCACAUUGAGUAAACGCUGCCAUGCAGUGACAGGCAGGGUUAUAAAUGUCUGUACUUUUAUUUAUCAGUGAGAGUCUGUUGAUAGCGGGGAAUAUUACUUUCAUAGAGGCAAUUGGCUCCAUGUCCUCUUCUGCUGAGGGUUAAGUACAGCUGCGAAUUCCUGCCAAAGACCUCGUCUUUUUAUUUUGAGAUACUUUUCAUGUCUGCAUUUUUCUCCUUUGAUAAGGACUUUCAUCCUGUUUUCAUUGAUUACUGUCUGAUGACUCAUCCUGAUUAUACAGUGCAGCCAAUUCAUCUCCCCACCACACACUGUGGGCCCUUUGUUGCCUGGAAUGUGUCUGUGUAUUUGUGUGAAUUUUUGCCUCCCGCCUGUGAAUGACGUUGUACAAUGAUACACAGUGCAUGUGUUUGUUUGCGAGUGUGCAGUGCGUCCGUGUGCAUCUCCAUAUAAACAGCACACCACAGUACCCUGAAGUGUACGUCGCUGCAAUACAAAGCCUGCCUCUGCAGUAACAGGGCCCUCAUUUUCUGCCUCGUGAACAGGAAAAGUAAGCCUGCAUGAGAGAGAAAAAUGGCCGAGUCAUUUAUUAACUGGGAGUCACAUUAAUGAGCCAAUACUGUGUAAUCUCCAAAUACAUUCAUGAUAAAUAGCUCUACCAUGUCGUUGAUCUUAACCUUGUUCUGUGCCUGCAAAACUCUGAUUUCAGAAAGUGCCUCAGUGGAGUAUUUCUCACUGCAGUACAUUUAGAGCGUGACAUUUAUGGCUACCUUUUUGACAAUAAACUAAACGAUAAUUGUAAUAUGAAAGAAAAAACCUUGCUAAAGCUUAUCUGGUGUGGAAAGAGAGUCGCAGUUCAAAGUGGCAGGAGUGAGGACAAUCCCUGCUCUGUCAAGAAUUAGAGCCACCUCUGCAAAUAGGCCAGUGUGUAAUGCCUGAGGGUGGGAGUUUCACUGCGGCUGGGGUUUCC